AUGGAUGAAGAAUAUUUAGAUGAUAUGGUGUUAGAACCUGAAAAUGAUAUGGUGUUAGAAUCUGAAGAUGAUAUGGCGUUAGAACCUAAAGUUGAUAUGGUGUUAGAGCCUAAAAAUGUUGAUUUAAUAGAACAGAAUCUGAUGAUACAGAUGUUAAUGAAGACUCUGUCUACUUUUAUCGUUGAAGAACUACAGCCAUUUUCAAUUAUUCAAUCUCGGGCAUUUAAAAGAAUAAUUGAAGGGCUUAAUGUACAAGCUAACAUGCUUGGUUAUGAUCAUUUGAAAGAAAUUCUAAUUAAUUCCGAGCAUAAGGUUCUGCAGAACCUCUGUGAAUAUGCACUUGAUACAAAAGAAAUGAUUGGUAACAUUUCGUACCUCUCAUAUCCCUAUACUUCUGAAUGUCUUUUUAAUAAAAUUACUGAAAUUUUGGAUAAUCUUCAGCUUAAACAUAUUACAGUUAGCGUUGAAAUUAAUGAUAAUAGUUCACUAAGAAGUUACGAAGAAAAGAAGCUGUUAUUGGAUAAAUGGGAAAAAAUAGCUGAGUUAGUUAAGUUAUUGUAUUCUUACGAAAUUAUUUUAAAAAAAUUAUUAGGUUCAACAUAUCUAACACUUUCUCAAGCAUACAAAUUAAUUCAGAAACGAUUCUCAGAACUAACAAAACCUAUUCGACUUGCUGCUUUUUUUGACCUGCGAACUAAAGAUAUGCAAAUUUUUACAGAAAAUAAGAAGAAUAAUACUAUUUCAGAAGCACAUAUGGAAUAUCUUGAAUUAGCUAAUAACUAUUAUGGAUUAGAUA